CUCAUGAUAUUUGUUGCUGAAAGCUUGCCCUCCUCCUCCCUUCCUUAUCCUCCCAAAGCCAAAACCACCUCAGCUGCCAGCUCCCAUCUCAAAGGAAAUUCCCAUACAUUCUACAAGAGAGAGAAAGAGAAAGAGAAAGAGACCCACCAAAGUGAUUGAGUCGAGGGUCAUCUACAGAUCAUGUCCUCCUACACGAUUUGAGGGCAAAAAUAAAAAUAAAAAUAAAUUUUUAUAUGAUCAUGGAGGGAGAAAAUGGAAUCCGCCGCCCUAAUUUUCCAUUACAAUUACUAGAGAAAAACAAGGAUGAAGUAGCAUCCACUGCAUCCAAUUCAGGUCCACAGAUCUCGGAGCCUCCCAAGAAGCCUCCACCUAAAAGGACCUCCACCAAGGAUAGGCAUACUAAGGUCGAUGGGAGGGGGCGCCGCAUCCGCAUGCCUGCCACCUGCGCCGCUAGGGUGUUUCAGUUGACUAGGGAAUUAGGCCACAAGUCCGACGGCGAGACCAUCGAGUGGUUGUUACAACAGGCGGAGCCCGCAGUCAUCGCUGCCACCGGAACCGGUACAAUUCCCGCCAAUUUUACUUCACUGAAUAUCUCUCUUCGGAGCUCCGGUUCUAGCAUGUCUGCACCUUCCCACCUGAGGACUAGCUACUAUAAUCCCAACUUUGCCAGGAACCGGACCGAAUGGGAAAGGAAUAUCGAUGAAUCUUUGCGCAGAAUUGUGCUACCGGGCGUUGGAUUAUCAUCGGAGAAUUCGUCUUCUACCCUUCUGAAUUUUUCUUCCAGUAGUGUGAAUGCCAUGUUACAGGCAAAGCCGGAGCUACGUGAGACUUGCUUGGAUGUGUCAGAUGCCGAGGCAACCAUAGGGAGAAAGAGGCAGCCAGAGCAGGAUCCGUCCCAUAGUCAGAUGGGGAACUACUUGUUGCAGUCGGGUUCGGGGUCUAUCCCGUCCACUCAUAGUCAGAUUCCGACCACGUUUUGGAUGGUGACUAAUCCAAGUAACCAAGUGAUGAGUGGGGAUCCCGUGUGGACAUUUCCUUCUGUUAAUAACAGCUCCAUGUAUAGAGGGACCAUGUCAAGUGGGCUACAUUUUAUGAAUUUUCCUACUCCAAUGGCUCUCUUGCCUGGGCAGCAGUUGGGUUCAGGAAUUGGUGGAAGUGGGGGCGUGGCCGAUGGCCACUUGGGCAUGUUAGCCGCUCUCAAUGCGUUUAGGCCGCUUCCUGGCAACGGGGCACCGGACUCGCAGCAGACUGCUUCACAUCCCCACAACGGAGGAGACCAUAGACAUGAUACAACUAGCUAGCCCUCACCAGUUCUAGAGAUGAAUCACAAGUGUAUGGUUUGAUGCUUUUAUUUUGUUUUUCUUCCCUUUCUAAAUAUAUAUCGGCAUUUGCAACACAGGCUCCAGUUUGAUUGCUUCAUAAAAUUAAGUUUCAUAUUCCAUUUUGGUGUGAGAACAACCGAGUAAUUUUAGGGUUUGAGAGGAGAAUAUAUAUAUAUAUUAACAUGGGUAUUGGCAGCUGGUUUCUGCUAUGA